AUGGCAGUCUCGUCACUGCAGCCCAUCCUUGUUCUCUCUCUUGUUACAUUUACCAUGGCCUUCGAUGGUUUGGAAGUGGGUGCGACAGCAGAUGUAGGGAAGUACACUCCCUUCGGUGUGCUCGUCAACACCACCAACGGCAGCCACACUGAAGAUGUCGUCCUCGCUGAAACUGGCAGCGGCAUUGGUGGCGGAGGUGGUGGUCGCGGCGGCGGCAGCGGAAGUGGCAGUGGCAGUGGCAGCGGCAGUGGCAGUGGCAACGGUGGCGGUGGUGGAGGGCGUGGCGGUGGCGGAGGAGGUGGUAGCGGCGGCGCUGGAAGUGGCAGCGGCAGCGGUAGCGGCAGCGGCAGUGGUGGUGGAGGGGGUGGCGGUGGCGGAGGCGGAGGAGGCGGGGGUGGAGCGAGUGGUGGAGGGUGCAAAAGCUGGUGGACGAGCUGGGGGUGGGGAACGGGGUGGGGAUGGGGAUGGGGCAACGGCAACGCCGGUGGCGGAGGGGGUGGCGGGGGCGGCGGGGGCGGCGGGGGCGGCGGGGGCGGCGGGGGCGGCGGGGGUGGGAGCAGCACCGGCGGUGCAUGGGUAGGGGGUGGUGGCAGAAGCGGUGUCCGAAGCAGCGUCGGCGGGGGGUCCAGCAGAGGAAGCUUCAUGAUCGGGGAGUACGCGCGGUGCAGGACCCGAGGGCCAUGCAGGCGCAGGAAGCUGAUCUGCCCCCUGCAUUGCCAUGGCUCCUGCGUCUACGACUGCGAACAGAAGUGCGUCGCUCGCUGCAGGCGAUCUUGA